AUGACUUUUCCGAAGGCUGUUUUUUUCGGAGAUUCUCUAACCCAGUUUGGUUGGACUCAUGAAGGUGGUUGGUUAUCAAUCCUGGCAUCAACUUUUGUCAGGAAGAUAGAUAUUGUUGGGAGAGGUUAUUCUGGUUAUAACACUCGUUUGUGCAAACCAUUACUUCCAAUCCUCUAUCCAAAUAAGGACUCACUAAAGGAUUGUAAAUUUUUCACUAUUUUUCUCGGAGCUAAUGAUGCUUGUGCCACUCCACAACAGCAUGUACCAGUUGAAGAAUACAAAAGUAAUCUAAGUUGGAUGAUUGAAUAUAUUCAUAAAUUGGACGUGCCUACGGAUCACAUUUCACUAAUCAGUUUACCUCCUAUUGAUGAAAAUAAAUGGGGUGCUAUUGAAAUAGCUAAAGGAAGGGCAAUUACACGAAGACUAGAUACUUGUGCGACCUAUGCAGUUGCAUGUCAAGAGGUUGCCAACGUCAAUGAAGUUAGUAUUGUGAAUUUAUAUGAAGCUAUGUUAAUGCAAAAGAAUUGGGAGUCUUUUCUUUCAGACGGUUUACACUUUUCUAGAAAAGGAUCUGAGUUUUUGGCAAGGAUUUUAGAAAACUUACUUACGGAUAAACUAGGUGACUUAAAGUGGUGGUUUCCGGAUUGGAAAGUUAUAAACCCGAACGAUCCAGCGGAGUUUAUCAGUCACUAUCUUCAGUCCCAAAUGUGA